CAGGACCUGUGAUGUUCACUUCCUUGCAUUUCAUUGUUGGUGCUGCCGUUCCUGUUCGUAUUCGUUUUUUUUUAUCCCUCCCUAUCUCUCUGCCUCCUUCUCCCUCGAAUCAAUUUCAGAGAGAAAGAACAAAAAAAGUAGUAAUCGUCAUGGGAGAUUCCAAUCCUAUACCCCGCCUAUCAGUUCAUCAAGCUCUUGGUGGUGGCCCAGUGGCUGAUGUGUUAUUGUGGAGAAAAUGGUGUGGCGGAGUUGUGAUGCUAGCCUCUGCAACGACGUUGUGGUACCUAUUUGAAAGAGCUGGUUAUAAUUUCUUGUCUUUUGUGGCCAAUGUUUUAUUGCUUCUUGUUGUUAUUCUCUUCUUCUGGGCCAAAUCUGCUUCCCUUCUCAACAGACCUUUGCCGCCCCUUCCUAAUUUGGAAAUUUCUGAGAAGACUGUUGGGAAGGUUGCUGAUGAGUUACAAGUGUGGAUCAAUUAUGCAUUGUCGAUUGCACAUGACAUUGCCAUUGGCAGAAAUUUGAAACUUUUUCUUGAGAUUCUUGCUACCCAGGUUGCUGUUGGCUUGUGGUUAUUAUCAUAUAUUGGUAGUCUCUUCAACUUCCUCACUCUGGUCUAUAUUGGAGUUAUUCUUAGUCUAUCAGUACCUCUGGUAUAUGAUAAGUACCAGCACCACAUUGAUGAGAAGCUUUCUGUAACACACAGAAUCAUUCAAAUGCAGUGCAGGAAAAUUGAUGAAACAGUACUAAGGAAGCUUCCAUUGCCCUCAAAAAAGGAAAAGAAGAUGCAGUAGGGUAUUCAGGUGGUGAAGUGUGACCAGGGUCAUAGGAUUUUCAAAGAGGUGAAGCUUAUGAGUUCUUUUUGCUCGGAUGCCAUCAGUUUUUCUAUACUAUUCGAGUUACCAAUCUUUAGCAGGACUAACCCCCAUAACUUAUAAUUUUGGGAGAAGAUUAAACCUUUUCUUGUUUUUUCCCUUUGCGGGAACCCUAUAUCCUUGAUUAAGGCUUGGCCUGGAGUUUAUAAACUUGUGUUUAAAUGUUUUACCUGUUGAAUUGGGUUGGUCAAAGAUAUCGUGCAAUGGUGGAGGAAACUUGUUUCUGCCAGUGGAGUCCAAGCUUAUUAAUUACCUGUCCCUUGUGUUGAACAAAGAUACCCUCUACAAUAUAGUCGAUUUGUUUGAUGGCCUGA